AUGUUUGUCAUUGUGGUAGUUUUGAAAUGGCGCAGCAACAAAACUAGACAACAACAUAUGAUGGCAAAGACAAUUAAGAUCAUCAACAUUAAGAGGCAAAUUGCUGAAUACAAGGAAAAGUUAUCCAAUUGCAAUGACUUUAUCAGCGAUGUCAGGCAAAAACAGCUUGCAGCAUCUGUACUCCCAGUCAAUAACGCUACAAAAGACGAAGACAAACUAUGUCAACUAAACAACAAUGCAGUUACAGGGAAAGAAAUUGUGGUGUGGAAGCCUAAAGAAAAACAACAACUAAGCAAGUUACUGGAAGGUAAAACAUUUGUGUUAACUUUGGACGUCCAGAAGUUUAAUGUGGAUGUGAAGAGAUGCAAACUGCAGCCAUCAAUGCUGGAUUGGACGGUUGAGAAACCUUGCUGCCUAGAGAUCGUUCCUUGGCAAGCAAAACCUGAGCAUGUGAUCACUUCACAUGAAACAACCUCACCGCCACAGGAAGCGUACAAGAUUGACGCAAUCACAAAACAUCUAGAAAGCACACCUUGCCUACAAAUAAAUGAAAUCAAAGGCAACGAAAUUGUUUUGCCUAAACACAUGGUAAAAGACCACCUAAUGAAGUUGCUGGAAGUACAUCAAAAGCAAAUGCAAAAAGAGAACAUUACAUCCCGAGAAGACGGAGAACAAGGAUGA